AAAAGUGCGAACAAUACUGAACAAGUUAGACCAAAAAAGUAGCAUUUGGGUUUUAUUUUGCUGACAACUGUCAAGAAAUUAGAGUGACAUUUAUAACCAUUCACAUCCCCACAAUUUGUUGCAGUAUACACGUAAGUAAUUUCUCUGUAGACAGGUUUUCCAAGCAAAAACAAUUUCCCAAUGCAGUAUUGCCCAUACUUGGAUGCUUUUUUAAUAUAUUUUCAGGUACAGCCUCGUCUUUCAUUUGUUAAAUUUUUGCUUCUGAAAAGAGAGUUAACGCCCGUCUUUUUGUUUCUGUUUUCAACAUUUUCCGACCAGAGUAGUGGGUGAGUAUUGCUUAAAAGCCUGAGAUAGUGCCCUAAUCAGAUUGCGUCAAACACCAAAAACACCGAGUGUUUAAAUACUGAAAUGAAAACGUUUCUUAAUAUGGCAUUGUUUAUAACGUCAAAAAGUCAAACGCACCUUGAAACAUCAUGUGGUUUUAUUAUAAAUUGAACUUCAAAGAAAAUUGGUAGAAAGAUGUUAGCUGUUUCAAGAAAGGACUGGAUCAGAGAUAUACAUCUUGGGGGGGGGGUAGUAGAGUGUUACCUAACUUUUUUCCACCCUUUUCAUUAUGAAUUCGUUGUAUUCCAACGACUAGAGAUCUGAAGAUCAACGCAAAAUCUGUACUGUUAUAAUCUGUGGAAUCUCAGAAAGAACGCAAUUCAUUAAGAAGACCCGACGUAGGAAGAAGAAUUCUAAUGCUGCUUGAUGGUGAUAACAUGAUAACAUGCUUUAGGGCUCUCACAAUUAAUUAAUCGCACAUGUCUUUUGCGUGUCACCCCUUUGAAGUGUUUUGCUUUUCAAUUUCAGGAAUUGUUGACAUAAGACAAAUAAGCUUUAUUUUAAAUGCCUAUUUAUGAAUCCAUCAGUACAGUCCAAGCAUAAAAACAUUUAAAUUAUUAGUUAAACAAAAUAUCGCACAUGGCUUUUGCACGUACCCCCGUUAUAAGGCAGUGAUUUGCUUUGAAUUCAAUUUCACCCUCAAGUUUUUUUACGUUGCUGUGAGACAACUGCUCCUCUUAAAAAACCCAAGGUAAAAACCUAAAUUCUUCACUAUGUAUCUGUUAAGAAAUACUUAACAAGUUACACUUUAGACUGCUCAAGUCAGUAAAAAGACCCUCAUUGAAAUUUAUAAGCAUAUUCGAUAGUUACUGUGUUUUGCACUUAGCUGAACUUAUACAUUGAAAGUUUAAUUGAUAAGCAUGAAGAUUGGUGAUAUGAAUUUGAAUUACACUGCACUUUACGAAUGGCGUAAAACUGCUCUACCAUAUAAAUUUUACCGAAGUUUAACCGAUCUGUAAGUAAAUGUUUAUGGAGAUGUUGAUGAAGGUAAUGAUAGAGUUCUUCGCUCGAAAAAGCGGCAUGUUUAAAAAGAUCAUAAAUUAUUACAUUUGUUAUUCACUGCAAAGGUUAUCUUGGUAUCUUAUUUUUCAUGAACAGAACAUCAUUUGCUAACUUUACGGUAAAAACCUAAGUCAAAUGAGCGCUGAUAAGUACGAUUUCCAUUACAAAUUUUACCAUUCUCAAAUUAAAACUGAUAAAACUGCCUGUGGCCAAGAGAUCAUUGCCUAAUACAUAGUAUGUAUUAGCCAAAGGAUUGUUUUACGUCCCGUGGGUGUAACCCUUUUCUUUCUAGCUAUCUGAUUAUAAAAUUCACUGUAUUCCGCCAAUUGUCGAUCGACGCUCAAUCCGUUUCCGUGGGAAUCUUUUGAACCUUAGAUAGAAUGUAUUUCGCCAAGAAUAUCUUUGACAUAAGGAAAGGCGAGUAGCUACAACUCCUGCAUCACACCGUACUUGGUAUUUUAUCAGGUAACACUAAAGAACCAACAAUCUCGUUCAAGAGUUACUUAGAUCCUAAAAGGUAAGGAUAAAAAGGUAUGCAUGUCUUAAAUAUAUAAUAUAUAGAUUUAGCCAGGGCUAAAAGCGAAGCUCUCGAUAAUGUUUAUAGUUUGUUCAAGCGAAACAUAAAAUUAUAUAAUGCUAAGCGGCGAAGGCAACGCCGGAGAACGGUGAAAAACAACAAUAGGUCUAAUUAGAAAAAAGCAACUUUUCACAUGCAGCCCACUUUUUUUGUACAUUUCUUUACCGUUGUUUUGCACGACUACAACGUGAAACUUCCAGAAACUUCUCAGUUACACGUUUUUUUCGUUCACUUUUUUUUUUCACUGUCCCUCAUUUUCACCUUGCAUUGGUGGCCGCUAGCAUUUCUCAUUUUGUCACCACCGUUACAAAAUUUUCAUGUUGUUCUUUCAACAAAAAAAGGUCUCCUUUGUUUUUUUAUCUCUCGCUCUAAAUCUCUGUCGCCCUUUUUCUCGUUGAGCUUCGCGGGCCUGCCGCCUACUUUCUUUUUUUCCCUGUGUUUCUCUUGCUCUAUAUUCCAAAUUUGUGGACAUGCCAAUUAAUCUAGGAUUAAUACUUUAGAAAACACGGAUACAGAGACAAUGUCCGCUCUCCAUUUUCCUUUUCAUUGCCUCUUUAGUUGUUUCUGUGCUACAAGACGCGGGUGGCUAUGCGAUUUCCCGUCAAAAUAACCUCGAGUUGCAUUUGGGUUGCCAUACCUGGUGAUUGAGUUAUUGUACAUUGGUAUGCCUGUGGUGCGGACGGACGGUCUCUCGGGUGGUGUACGGUUUCUUACCCAUGGUGCUCCGCUGCGCGCUUAGCGCCCGAGAGCUCCGCUAUAAGUACAAUUAACAAAAAUAAUAGUAAUUAUUAUAAUGAUUAAUGUCAAAUCCGUGAGCCUCAAAAUGUUUUCAUUGUAUCGGCCAUCAACAAUCCUCUACUGGGAAUAUGUUACAACCUUUCUGAUGCGUAACCUAACACGUCUAUUUUUUUACAUCAAUGAUGAUAGCAAGGCUCGAAUGAAAUAUUUGUAUACUUAUUACACAUUGUGUUGCCUUUUUAUGAAUAUAUCAGUCCAAGCGUAAAACCUUUGAAAUUCUCAGUUAAAUAAAAUACCACACAUGGCUUUUGCAUAUAGACCCUUUUUAAGGCGGUGAUUUGCUUUGAAUUCAAUUUCACCCUUAAGAUUUUUUUUAUCGGAGCACCAUAGCUAAGGUAAUCUACCCAUCCCAGAAAAUUUGGUAAUCACGUGACCGACCGACCGACCGUCCGUCCGCACCACAGACAUACCAAUGUUUACUCUCACACUUUCUAGCUACUUUGGGAGCCCAGGAGGAAGCUGAUUGCACAUCAAUGUUGCCAUCAAUUGACAGCUGUCAAAACAGGGUAUCCGCUGACUAGUAUCACCUGACCGUAUCGCGGUCAAAUAUGUUGUGUUUAUGUCAGUAUCGCCCCGCACUAUUACGAUUUUGAUUUCAAACUGACCUCAGACGCAAAAAUUCAGCCAUUUUUUUUUUAAAUACAUGCGAGGAAGACCUUUUCUUACCAUGGUCACGUGUUGGUCACGCUCCACGUCCAAUUUUUAUGCUCUGGUUGGUUAAAAUUUGACGGGUGAGUUCAUGCGUAAGAUUUAUGCAGCAUCUUGAAAGUUGUUUACUUUGACAGCUGAAGCUGACAGAGUUUUGAGUCAACUUGUGAUGUUUUUAACUGUCUUUUUCCACUGGAUGUACAAAAUGAAAUACAGCUGCUAUCAAGAGUGUUCUCUUAUUCAUGACUGGUUUGUUUAUUGGGUUUUUGGUUGAGAAAUGCGUCGCUUGUCAAAGCCGAUAAUCCGAUUUCCGAUGGCAUCGUUUUUGUUUUUCACCUUGCUGGAUGCGUGCGAGAGUUAUAAAGGCUCAAGCGAUCCUUGCCUUACUUGAUAGCUUUCAGGGGCUGCAUCUCGAAAUAUGGUAAACCUGAGUAAUUAUUGUAUUUAUAUCUAAUUUCAUGAAGUCCAGCGGCGCAGUUUAUGAAGCUAGUUUAUGCACGUUUGUAUUAAGAUUUGACUGAGACAUUUAUCUGACCUAGUAUGAGGUUUGAUAUAAGCUUAAGCUUACAGAACUUUAAAAAGCCUUUAGUCGAUAUUAAUUCACCGUAAAUAGAAAGGAAAGACUUUCCGAAGAAUAUUUAAUUAUAAUUUUGGCUGUAGAAAGAAAGCUUUGAGCGAUUUUCUUGCCCUGAGUUCAUCUUUGAAAACAGCAAACAGGCCCGGGAAACCGGCGGCUUAAAACAUAAACUUAAUCUUUAAGCUUACUAGUAAAGACUUGAGAAUUCUUAGAGACACUUAAGGUGGCUCCGUAAUUAAUACAAGAGCAUUUAGCUGUGACAAAUUUUCCGUCAUAACUUUUUCGAUUUUAACGCGAUGGCUGCGAAACUUUGCAAAGAACAACAUAUAUCAUUCGGCAAUAAUACGAAAUAUUCCGAUUUCAUUGAUGGUAAAUAUUUCUUGAGAAAUUAGCGCUUAAAAGGACCCUAAUGUUCAAAGAAAAUUACGUCUAGUAAAAAAUUUUGCUGAUACUUUUUACUGAAAUUUCUGGUAUCGGCUUUAAUUGAUAUAAUAAAUAUGCCAGAGGAAUUUCAGAAAAAUCGUUGGAGCAGAAGUCCGUAACUAAAAGUCGCUCAAAAUUCAGCUGCGAAAUUGUUUUGGAAUUUCAAAAAUAAAUUACUAUCAGGAAGAAGGAGACACCAGUUUGAAUUUUCGGGACAAGUAAAUUCAAUGUUUGCUAAUUCUGAAAACAAAAGCCGAUUGCCUAUCGUGCUAUUCUUUAAAAGGUACUUUUCAGUUUUAGAAGCACUAUAAAUUGCUCCAAACCUUGCUCUGAAGUAGAAUGACUUGUUCCUCGACAUUUUUAAAAUAUCCCUUGGCAGUUUUGGUUCAAACUCCUGCUACAUACAUUUUGAUGUAUUGCAAUGCAUCCUCAACGGCUUUUCUUGCUGUACGUUGUUUCCAAUUCAGGAAAAAGGUAUUGGGAUUGUAAGCUACCUUGUAUCGAAGCUCAGAUAGAACUGUCCAGCACCUUUGUUUAUGACCAGAAAAUGAGCACGUGCGGCAGCUCUGCGAGGAAUUCGCACCUCAGCCAGGGGGGACGAAUGAUAAUGAUACCCAUGUCUGUGAACCGAUCUGUAUAAACAUGUAUUGCAGAGCAAAACAUAAUAAUCAAGAAAAAAUACCCAUUCAUUGAAGGAAGGAGUGACAAAAAUUUCAGAGUUGUAAAUUUAUUCACGGGCAGUAUUUUUGCAAUAAUUUUAUUUUGCACUGUGAUGUUAUUCGGUUCACAGGCAUGGUCAUCAUUGUCGUUCGUCCCCCCUGGGUGAGGUGCGAAUUCCUCGCAGAACUGCCGCUCGUGCUCAUUUUGUAGUCAUAAACAAAGGUGCUGGACAGUUCUAUCUGAGCUCUGAUACGAGGUAGCGUCCAAUCUCAAUACUUUUUCCCUGAGGUGGAAGUAACGAACAGCAGCAAAAGUCGUUGAAAAUGAAUUGCAAUACAUCAAAAUGUAUGCAGCAGGAGUUUGAGCCAAAACUGCAAAGAGAUAUUUUAAAAAUGUCGAAGAACAAGUCAUUCUACUUCAGAGCAAGGUUUGGAGCAAUUUAUGGUGCUUCUAAAACUAAAAAGUACCUUUUAAAGAAUAGCACGAUAGGCAAUCGGCUUUUGUUUUCAGAAUUAGCAAACGUUGAAUUUACUUGUCCCGAAAAUUCAAACUGGUGGCUCCUUCUACCUGAUAGUAAUUUAUUUUUGAAAUUCCAAAACAAUUUCACAGCUGAAUUUUGAGCGACUUUUAGUUACGGACUUCUGCUCCAACGAUUUUUCUGAAAUUCCUCUGGCAUAUUUAUUAUAUCAAUUAAAGCCGAUACCAGAAAUUUCAGUAAAAAGUAUCAGCAAAAUUUUUUACUAGACGUAAUUUUCUUUGAACAUUAGGGUCCUUUUAAGCGCUAAUUUCUCAAGAAAUAUUUACCAUCAAUGAAAUCGGAAUAUUUCGUAUUAUUGCCGAAUGAUAUAUGUUGUUCUUUGCAAAGUUUCGCAGUCAUCGCGUUAAGAACCCAAAAGUUAUGACGGAAAAUUUGUCACAGCAAAAUGCUCUUGUAUUAAUUACGGAGCCACCUUAAAUACUCAUUUGUUUUCGUGAAUGAAAAUUGUUGUGUCUGUAAAUGUUCUACCGAAUUAUAUUUCUUUAUUGAUUGUUUAAAUUGGUAGUCUCAAAAGUGUAAUUUUCAUGGUUUUGCCGUUUGUUUUCAGCCGUUCAUAAACAUCGCUUGCAGGAGCGACUCAAAAUGCCGAGCGUAUCAAACGCUUUUUUUUUAAGGUUACACAUUGUUAUAAAACCAUGAAAAACAAAAUAGACUCAAUAAAUUAUUUAUCACGUUGAAGCGUAACUCUUUUAAAAUUUCUUCGCAAAUUUAGUGCUUGUCAAAAGUUAGAACCGGCUGGCCGUAUAGGUGAUUUUGGAAAUUUUUUGAACGGUUUCGCUAAUUAAAAGUCCACGCGUGCUUCGAUGGUCCUGGAUAUUAAGUGAAUGCAAUUUGUCUUCUCAAACUCAUUAAAAAUUCAUAAAGAAAAUACAAAGAAAAUUAAUGUUUAAUGAGUGUUUGGAAAUCGGAUGAAAAACUGCUCAGUAUUUGCAUCCUUAAUUUCUCCUUCAAAAAUGAUUUUGUUUGAGAAGAAAUAUCAAACAUUCGACACAGUGUUUCAUCACCAGAUGAAACACCUCGAAGUUCGUCAAAAAUACUCCGCUGCGCGUCGUAUUUUCAACUCUCUUCUCGGUGUUUCAUCUGGUGAUGAAACACUGCAUCUCAUGUUUGAUAUAUUACUUGAAAAAUUGUGAAAUACUGCAUUUUGUACGAGGUCUGUAUGAUAAAAACAGCGCCUCAUAGUACUCUUUCUCCUCAGAUGUGGUUUAUUUUUAAAAAAAUAAAACAUUGGUUUGCACGCACCCAGAUUUAUUGGCAAGAAUUUGUAAACUUGUCGAUCGCAAAAAAUUCGGCCUGAUUUGUUUUCCACGCCUUAUCUACUGUGAUCAAGAACCAUUAUUGCUCUUAAAUUUGACCGUACACCUUUUUGGGUGUACAUAUAAGGCUAUAUCAACUCGAUACAAGAUUUGUUUCACUCCAAAAUAACUUAACUUUUCAAUGGGAGCUUCGCUUUUAGCCGUGGCUAAAUCUAUGUAUUACAUUGCUGUGAGACAACUGCUCCUCUCAAAAAGUAAAGGUAAAAACCUUAAUUCCUUACUAAGUAUAUGAAUUACUAAGUAUAUGAAUUACACUGCACUUUCCAAAUGGUAUAAAAUUGCUCUACCUUGAAAAUUUUCCAAAUUUUAGCCGAACUAUAAGCAAAUAUUUAUGGAGAUGUUCAUGAAUGUAAUGAUAGCGUUUUUCGCUCAAAAAAGCGGGAAGUUUAAAAAGAACAUUUAUUAUCACGUUGUUCUUCGCUAGAAAAGUUGUCUUGGUAUCUUAAUUUCCAUAGAACAACAUUUGUUAACUUCACCAUUAAAAUCUAAGUCAAAUGCAUCCUGUAAGUACGAUUGUUAUUACAAAUUUUACCAUUGAAUGAAACCUGAUUUAAAACUGUCUGUAGCCAAGAGAUGAUUGCCAAAGAAAUAGUAACAAUCCAGUAUUUUUCUAUCUAUGUCAUUUUAGUAUAAUUACAUUGAUGAUUAUCGGAAAUAGAGCGCUAUGAUUGGUUAGGAGCUUCGCUUCAUUUCGCUAUAAUCACCGCGCGGUGAUUAUAACAUUGAAGGCUAGCAGUCUUUAAAAUGGCAGCCAGAUUUGUUGAUGUUUCGGAGUCGGAAAUUGAUCAAUAAUUUUAUUUUCUCGAAUAAUCAUCAAUGUUAUAGACCUUUUUACCGAUACGGCGGCCAUAUUGAAUUAAUUCGAUUUAAGGAGUAUGAUAGGAUGCCCAGGGGGCAUGAGCACAUUUCGUUUGUGUUUUCGAGCGCUUUUCGCGACAUUUUCUUCUUAAACCUUUCUUAGAAUAAGAUUGUAAUGGGAAAAAAGAUCCUUGUGUCGUGUUUGGAUGUAAAAAUGAUCGCCUUUUUCUAGUUUAGUAUUAGAAAUAUGGUCUUUCACUGUAUAUUUCUCGGGAAAAAGGCGAUCAUUAUUACAUCUAAACAGGGCACAAGGAUCUUUUUUCCCAUUACAAUCUUAUUCUAAGAAAACUUUCAGAAAAAAUGUCGCGAAAAGCGCUCGAAAAUACAAACGAAAUGUGCUCAUGCCGCUUGGGCCUAUAAUACUUCUUAAAUCGAAUUAAUUCAAUAUGGCCGCCGUAUCGGCAAAAAGGUCUAUUAUACUAAACUCAGGUGACUUGAAUAUCGGCGAAUAGUCACCGAGACGAAGUCGAGAUGACUAUUCGCCGAUAUUCGCGUCGCAUUCGGCGAUUAAUUGUUAAAUACAAUUCACUGUAUUCCACCAAUUGUCGAUCGACGUUCAAUCCGUUUCUGUGGGAAUCUGUUGAACCUUAUAUAGAAUGCGUUUCAUCAAGAAUAUCUGUUACGUAAGGAAAGGCGAGUAGCUACAACUCCCGCAUCACACAGAUUCUAAGUAUUUCCUUACCUCAAUUUUCGUGUUUAUUUUGCUUGUUAUCCUCCAGAAUCCUUCAGAAUAGUGUGCUUGACUUGUGUUUGGUUGACAUUCCUCGAUACAAGUUCCCAUUCUUCGCAAAACCGGCUCACAAAAAUUCCCCUCGACUCGCCAUAAAAUUCAAAAUUUUCGAAUGCUUGGUUUGUCACGGUCAAAAGUCCACAGGGGCUGGAACUAGGCAGGUGAUUGGCUAAAUCUAUAAACGUCCUGUGUGCCAAAUUUGGGAGCAAUCGGAAGUAAAACAAUUUUUUUGCGAAAUUUCUUUGGUCACCGUUCUUCAAGCUCCGAUUUCGGCGAACCCUGACGACAACGAGAUUUAUACAAUUCUCUUUGAAAACUGUCAAUCACCAUAGAGAGGGAAUAAAUACCUCUUUUAAACCUUUCUUGUCAGCACUUAUCAAGGUGGUCCAGUGGAUAGAGGCGUGCACUUAUAGUACUAACGUGUUCGGAGGGUCCGGGUCCGAAUCCCCUUGAAGCAAAUUACUCGUGACGUUAUUUUUUUUUCUUUUUCACUGUCUUUUUUACCUGUGUGGUACACAUAGCUAGUAACAUAAUGUGGUAAAUUGAAUGCAAAAUUUACAGGAAUAUAAAAAAUACCAUAUGCGUCAUAGCGUAUCUACCGGUAUUUAUAGAUAUACUGGACACUGUUCCCAGUUCAAACGUCGAAUUUCACACGUGCCUAAUUUAAUUCGAGAGGUAACUGCUUUCAGAUGCGACGUCUGAAUCAACAGUUUCAAAUUAAAUACGACUUUGCCGAAUCUGCGACUGAAUUACAGUCGAAAAUUCGACUUAGCUAGCUUCAACAUUUGAUCUACAGUAGAAGUCGCAUUUCACAUGUGCCGAAUAUAAUUCAUUAAUUAUAGAAACCCUUAUCCAUAUUGGGUAUCAAUUUUUUCUAGAGACUUGGAUUAUUUAAACAAAGGGAUUUAAAUUCGGCACCAUUAUCCCCGACGUCUGAAUCAACUGCCGUCUUUAAUUGUUUUCUUCGACUAAAAUAAGUGUUCGGCACUCAUAAGGCAUUCCACUUCUGAAAGGGGCCUAACAUGACAUAAGUUUCAGCUUAGUGGUUUACAGGCUGUUCGUUAUUAAGCUAGUCGUUUUUUUUUUCUUUUCAGUAAGAGAAAUUCCUAUCUCUUCGUAAAUCCAUUUUAUUAAUCGGCUUGUGCCACGACUUAAGAAUCAGCUGUAUUAGUUGAUUUUGUAUGCCACUGGACAUGAUUUGUAUAUAAAAGAGAGCGAUCGAUUUUCAUCCACUCAUUUCAAUAAAAGCAAAUGGCAUCACUUCUCACUAUAACGGACAACCUUGAACCGUAAAUUUGUUGUAGAAAUUUGCGGCACCGAAGGAAAAAGAAAAAGCUAACCCUUUUUGAUCAAAUUAUUUCGUGGUUUAAAGUCGAAGCUUUAUAUAGUGUAAAAUAAUUAUAAUUUACUUUUCCGGUAUCACUUGUAGUAAUAAUAAUAAUAAUAAUAAUAAUAAUAAUAAUAAUAAUAAUAAUAAUAAUGAUAAUAAUAAUAAUAAUAAUGAUAAUAAUAAUAAUAAUAAUAAUAAGUAAUGAUUCUAAUGUAAACUUCUAUUUCUGUAAUGUUGUUUCUAAUUUGGAUUGAAAAACAAUACAUCUCGAAAGACAUUGAUUUUAAAACAAAAACCAGCGAUAUAAAUUAAAGAAACCUUUGCCAUCAAUAUCAAUAGGUAAGAGAAUAUUUUUAUUGUCAAUUUGUUUUAACGUGUAGGCGUAUUUUUGCAUUCGCGGUUGUCAUCUUCUGUGCGCAAAUACUGCAAUAAAGACCAGGCUGUAACAUUUUGAGAAAAAAACACGAGUUUUACUUGACCAACCAGUUAUGUUCAUUUCCCUCGGAAACUCAUAUUUUGCUGAUUUUUUUGCUUCCUAAGCAUCCGUUUAUACUCAGAUUAAUUUUCCUGUUAAAAAAAUACUUCGAUUUAUAAGCCGGAAUUUUAAGUAAAAUGAAAUGUAUUUAAAUAAUUCAAAAUGGCGGAUCCAAGAUGGCGCCGAUGCUUUCGAAUCAUUGUUUAGUCAUAAAUGAAGUCAUCCUGACAUCACUGCUAUUGUUAAAGAUCAUUUAUGCGUUAGCCAACUUCCUUGAUUUUAUCAGAGAUCUUACUAUUUAAGUAUUUUUUACUUUAUGUCUACUUUGAGGGGAAUUUGGAUUCUGCCAAUAAAUUCAACAAUAUGGCGACAUUAUGACGUCAGAUUGCGUCACUAUGUCGAACAACUCGUGCCCAGAAGUUGGAAGUAAUUAGUACAUUGUUAUGUUUAAUUUUGCUGGCCGUAGGAUCAGCGGUUUUGAAGUUAUAGAGGGCGGACUUCGUCCUCCCCCUUCCGCCCUGGCAGGAAGCAAAAAAAAAAAAAAAAAAAAAAAAGGCCCGGUCUGAAUAGCGUUAAGACCACGCUUGAAAACGCAAUCAAAUUCAAUAAGUGCUAAAGAAUUUGUGUAGCUGUACUUCAUUUAUGGAAAUUUAGAGGAAUUGUUUUGAAUUCAUAUUUAUUUGUUUCCCAUUCAUUGAUAAUGAAUGAGAAGAGAGAUCGCCGAAACGUCUGGACGUUUUGUCGUUAAUUUUUACAUGUUAGUAAUUCUCUGAAUCAUUAUUAAUCAAAAUUUAUAGUUUAAUUCGUUUUAUUUUUGAUAUUACAGACAUGGUUGCUAAAAAGUUGAUUGCCUUUGUUGCCUUUGUGAUGCUGAUUACCUUAUUGGAGCAGAUCAAAUCAGGAGUCCAUGCAGGGCGCAUGACAAAACCUAAGAAGGCAGGCAGAGUGAAAGUGAUCCAUACAGGUCCUCGUGUUAGGAAGCUCAAGAAAAAAGUUGAAGAAUUGGAGAAGCAACUCGCCUCUAUGGAACCGUGUGAACGUAAGAAACAUUUUACUUCACUGUAUUAUUCUCUUUAACCAAGUAACCUGAAAACAAAUUAAACUAGCCUGUGUGUCCUUUCUUUGGGCACAUAGACUGGAAUAAAAGGCAAUAUUAGGUGACUAGGAAUCAAUCGGCCCACUGUAAAAUAAACCUCUUUAGCUUGUGCGUUUUGUUUUCCCUUUAGAGUCCCCAAGGGAAUCUGACCCUUUGUCUGUUUAUAAAUUAUGCGUACAUAUGCACGUAAAUAAGACGAAAUUAGUAGAAAGAAACAUUUCUCUAGAGUAUUAUCACAUGACCUGUACUGGGAAAACAAAACAUACCAGCUAAAGAGGUCUGUUAUGGGGUCUCUCUAGAAUUUAACAAACUAUUCCAUAAUAAUAUCCUUUGACUUUCCUAUAAUAGUGAUAAUGGUAUUAAUUGGAAAAAGAGAUUUAUUUGGAUAACUCAUGUGCAGAUUGCUUUAAGCAGCCUGAGAAUAUCUCUUUUAUCAGGAAACGCAAUAAAUAAAUAAAUGCAUGGAGCGGAUCAUUGUUAUUCUAAAUUUUCUUCAGUAUUUGACAUUUGGAGAACGCUCAGUUUUGCUUUCCCACACAGGUCUUAGUUAAGAAAUGAUUAUGCACCGUUAUUAAAUAUCAAUCUAGUAGAACGUAUAAAACUUUGCGUGAAUACGAUGUUGGGUUGGAUUAUAAUUUGGCUCCACGCUUCUUCUUUUUGUGGUUUAAGAAAAGAUUGAUAAAUAAAUACUCCAGCCUUCGCCGCAUUUGUUUUAUAUAUUGCGGGGAUUUAUUGAAUAUGAUUGGAAAACUAAACAAGGAUGGAAAACUCAAUUUUAAAUGGACCUUUGUUUAAUUUCCCUCAGGAAAGCAGUUUUUCUAAUUGAAAAGGCGUAAAAUUGUGCCUGAGUAAAACAAAGUCUGUCUAGGACUUUGCCGGCAAGAACGCCACUUUCAGUUAAUUUUCAAACAUGUUAAACUUUGUAAAACAAAACAAAACAAAACAAAAAAACUUUCAGGGCUUCGUUCAGGUGUUGUAAAAUUUCCCUUGCUUGCCAUUGUGAAGCCCCAGUCUCGCUUAAUCUCACCCUUACAUUGGGUACCUAUAAUUUUCUAAAUUUGCAGUAUGGUCUGUUUCUGUUUUAUAGCUUGUGAGUCAGCUAAAACAGAGGGUUUCCUGUUUGACAGUAAUGCAACAACUGACUACCUUAAAGUUGAAGUUGAAGGCCUGAAUAAGCCAUUGGUUGUAUUAACUUCAUGUACCUGGGUCAAAUUUAAGGACUCUUCUCCUCGUUGGGAGUUUUUUUGGUGCACUCUUGGCCAGCACUUAUGCUUGGGCCGAGCUUCCGACAAUCUUUUGGUAAGAAGACGUGGAGUUGGCUUUAGGUAAUGAAAAAUCUUUGUUGUGGUCUUAACUCUGAAUAAUGUUAGUAUUUAAAGGUCAAGUCAUUUACAUGUUUUUUUGUGUGUACAUGUGGUUUGUUACACUUUGCCAUAGUUCUCUUCGACAACUUGGUCAAAUCUUGGACAGACUAUGGUCAUGCAUACACAGAUCGUAAUAUCCCUCCCUCUAGUACUCAAAGAAUGUUACACAGGUUGCAUCUCAUGUUUAACUGAGGAACAUUUCUACGCUGAACGUUGAUAUGGCACGUUCAACGAUAUCGACAGUUUAAGACUAAUAACUACGGUCGAACCUUUUAUGCAUGAGGCGAUCUUUCAGGUAGCCUACCAGGAUCAAACCAUGGGCUAGGGGGUGUCUUUGUAGAAGAAAUUUAAGCUCACGUCUAAGCGAUUGUCUCUGAAAAUUCUUCGUAGUAGUCUAGUAUGUAUGGUGAACAAAGACAUAGAUCCAUACCUUAGGUGUUUGCUUAAAACAGGUUUAAAAAAUGGGAAAAAUGCAACAAUCACCUCUGUCAAGGAAGAGGAGGCAAUCGCCCACGAGUUGUUUCAGCGAUAAGCCUUUAAAUUGGAAAAAAUGGGUGUUUUAAGAAUGUGGUAGCUUAUGGUGGGAAAUCUUCACUUAUUUAAAAGUUGGUCGCAUAUGGUGACUCGCUUGUGUGUUGCACACUGACAAGUGUAUUCCUACCCACUAGAACAGGAUGGUAUAUUAGAAGGUCCUGCCAGUACAUUUCUGUGGCAUUUUUUGUCAAUCAAUCUACGGAUGUAAACGGUGCGUUUCGUUUUAGGCUAAGGCGAAGAAUGAGAAAAAUUCGAAAGAGCUAUAGAUGUUGCAAAAUAACUGACUCAGAUAAUAAACUCAGUUUAUUAUAUCAACACCAAAGAAAUAUCACGUGAAACAUGAUAUCUUCACAUGUGAAAAGGUCACCGUUGCUAUGGCUACAUAAUAAAUCGCACCUUUCACAGCCAAAACUAUUAAUAGUCAAGCCAUGCAUAUGGUGAAAAAAUUGUGCACCCGGGGAUAAGAGCACCAAAUUUGGCAUGAUAAUGGUACUUGGCCUGCUGAAAAAUAUUAGCUAUGCACCCCAGUCAUUGGGGGAAUUUGUACUUGGGGGGUGGGUUUGUUGCAGUUUCCACUUAAAUUACCAAAAAGAAAGCGGUAAAGUUAAGCCGAUCUUGCCAUAUCAAUAAGUUGUGUUGUCCCAAGAGAGUUAAACUGGGUCCAGGUAAUCUAAUUUUUAAGUAGCGUGGGGGAGGUUUGUACACAGCUUAGGGGUAAGGGGGAGUAUCUCUGUACGCAUGUUUGUAUCAGUUUCUCUUGUGAGGGAAAAUACAAUGACCUUUCCUGAAUUUUGACAUCUUCAGAUCAUUUAGCUAAUAGCUUCUCCUCUGUCCUCUUCCCUCAUCUCUAAUCAUCUUUCCUCAUCUUCCCUCAUCUUCCCUCGUCUCUUACCUUAUCUCUAAUCAGUCUCGUAAGGGUUUCGAUCCCCAUCUAUUCAAGGACUGGGAAAGCUUCUAAUUGAGCUACUAAGCUGUCCUAUUCCAGCUCGCAACUGGACACGACCACGCUAACCUCUCAAAGGUAUUUUAGCUCAUCUAUUUCCAAUCAGCAUAAUGAUAUUUCUGAUUUUAUUUCUUUAUUCCCAUUUGAACAUCAACAGUCUAACUAAGCACAUUGAUGAAUUGAGAAUUCUCUUGUUUUGAUCAUUCUACCGAUGUUAUCUCAAUUAAUGAAACUAAACUUGAUGAAACUAUCAAAAGCUGUGAGGUCCACAUACCAGGCUAUGAAUUUAUUCGUCGUCAUAGAAACAGACAUGGUGGAGGAGUAUGGUGGCCGAGCAUUCUCACAAAAAAGAUGGCCAGAUUUGUGCUGCGAUUUCGAAAAAGAAGAGGGAAAAAAUAAUUUUUUCAAAAAUAAGAGAAAGUAUUUUAAAAACUGAAAAAAGAAAAGAAAACUGAGCCAAGAAAAUAAAAACAAAACAAAAUAAACGCACUUGAAAAAAAGAAAACAAAAAAAUAAACAAAAAAAAUCAUAAAAAAACGAGGAAAAACAAAAAAAAAUUACGACAAAAAAUAAUAAAACAAAAAAAGGACGAAAAACAAGACAAAGAUAAUAAUAAUAAUAAUAAUAAUAAUAAUAAUAAUAAAUCCGCGAGGGUUAGAAAUACCAAGUUGAGAUCUGGCGCGGGAUAGCUUCUCUCCAGCUAUGGGUAAAAUAGCAUCUUCGCCAAUAUGAGUAGUAGAAAUGUAA